AUGAAGGCGCACGACAGACUAGCGAAAGGAAACGAUAGAAGCCGAGCGUGCACGGGAGUUGGCAUGGGCAUGCGCACGGCGAGCUCAGGCGCGGGAGUCAUAGCGCGAAUUCAUACAGAAAAAUGCAUUCUAAAAUUAGAAGGCACUGCGAUCUUCGAUCCCUUUUUGCCGCCUUUCAAGUGUGAAAAGUGCCCAGUGAAACUACUUAAUCUGACAUUCUUAUCACAACCACUGGUAAUCGUAAAACCCAAGACUGUCAUACAUCCUCCCUCUAGUCCCGUCCGAAGCGCCGUCUUUCGACUGCUUGUACUUAUAGUACUCGCUCUCGGCCUCAUGUCCAAAGAUGUCCAACACCUGCGGCGGGCUCCUGCUUCUGUUGAAGGCGGUUACACCGUGUUCAGAAUUCCUGCGCCAGGCGUCUCUGUAUCGCUUCUCCAACGCCGCGUCGUCGAAAGCGCCCUCUACCUGUUUCUUGUGAGACUGAAUGGAAGACUCGCUCGAGUUCUCUUCGGAAGUGCCUAG